UGUCCUAUGAUAACACUGAGAAAUGAGAAUUCAAACCAAUAUGACGUAAUAACGUUGGAUUAAUUUGAAUUGUUAAGUUAAGAGUAUGAAUGAAUUAAAUGUAGGAAAUAGAAUGGUGGACAUUGAAGAAGAAAAUAUGCUUUCAUUUCAUACCGAAAUUGGGGAUGUUUCUGUUGCUGGUAACUCAAAAAUGAUGAAGUCCAUGAAUAAUUUUCAUUCCAAAUUAAAUCACUAUAGACAGGACCUCACACAACAUACUAGGAGUUUAUAUCAUUGUGAAAGACAGCGAUCUCCAAUGUCAUUAAGAUGUGGUAUUGAAGCCCCCAGAUUUAAUACUAACAAAUAUCUAAGUUCACACAGAUCUGUUUUAGAUUGUAGGAGUAGAUCUCCACUUUCAUUGCGUAGUGGGGACAGUGUAAAGAGUGCCAUUGACAUAACAAAUGCCCUAAAGUGUGAAUCAUUUAACACUCAUGAAUUACAAAUGAUUAAAGAUGUGGUUUGUCGAAAAUUAAAACAUCAAUUACGGAAAAGAUAUGAAAAAAAUAGAAAUAAGUUUAUGCAAAACAUAAAUAAUAAUAAAAAUAAAUACAUUCAAAGAAAAAUUGCUUCAAGAGGAGAAACUAGUGAUGACCCCAUUAGCAGCAAUGAAGAUGAAGAAAACCAAUCAAAUAAAAAUGCCACAGUGUUUAGAGGAGCACAAAUCAGUCUAGUUGAUAAAACUUUAGUAAUGACAACAAAAAAUAAUAUUCAUCUUCCUACAGAUCAUAGAAUGCCUCUUCAAAAAAACAUGUUAUUGAAUUCUCACAAAAAUUUAGGGGAAGUAAUGAAACCAGACUCAACUCUAGUAUGCAAUGAAGAAAGAAUACUUAAAGACAUUACUGAAGAAUAUCCACUUCAAUCACAAAGAUUUACAGAAACAACAACAACUGCUAAGAGUAAUAAUUUGAUUGAGAGACAUGAAGAAAGAGAAGAAUAUAAUUGUUGCAGCAGUGAAACUGAAGGUAUCUUUUCAGCUCAUGAUAAUAGAAAACGGUCCUUAAAUGAUCAAUGUUACAACAAUGAAAAAAAAAUAAACCUUUCAAGCCCACAAACACAAAUUGAACAUUUGACAAAAGACGUAUUUAAGAAACCAUCAAUGUCUAUGACAAAGGCUGCCGGAAAACAUGUGAAUAUAAAAGAAUUUGUGAUUUCCAAGGCUGCAAUGCAGCCUUUGAGUGGGUCAAAUCAGAAAGUUAAAAAAAACUCAUUUAAACAAAUGGAGGAUUUAAAAAUAAAUGAAGUUUCUAUGAGAUCUAGUUUUUCAAAGAGAAAAUUAUUUACUCAAAAAGUUGAUUUGUUAAGUAUUAAAGAACCAAGUGAUGCUGCUGGAGCAAGUCUCCAAGCAAAAGUUGAUAAAAAAGAUAAGAAUAAAGCAAGAAAACUUGUGAAAACACAGUCUUGCCUAAACAGAAAUGUUUCUGAUGAGGAAGAAAAUGUAUUGGGUUUAAUUGAAAAAAUAAUUCCUGCUGAACAAAUUAAUUCAACAUCUAGUAAAAUUAUUAAAAUAAACUCUGCUUGUGAUGACAAAUAUAACAGUGAUGUUAGAGAUACAUUAACAGAUGAAACACUUAAUAUAAAUUCUGACAAACAUAAUAUUCAAAAGAGCAGCCAGCAGAAAGGGCACAAUGGCAGCUCUAUACUAAGAGAUUGCAGUGUAAUUUUGAGCAAACAUGCAACCACAAAUAUGUUUCAAAGGUCCAAAUAUGUAAAAUCUUUUUGGGAUACUGAUAUUGAAAGUGAAAAAGAAUAUGAAACUGUUCCUGCCAGCAAAUUAUUCAAUUCUGAAAUAAAAGGUCAAUUUAAAGAUGCCAUUUCAUCAACUGUUAAUAGCACAAAACAUCAAGUAACCAAAAACAUAGGUAAAGUUUCUACAGUGCAUGAUUACAUAAAUAAAAGGAAUGCUAAAAAGAAAACAUUAAACAUGGAAAUAAAAGUCUCAAAUGACAAAGAAAAAAUGAGAGAGAACAUUAAAAAAGCCAGCAGUGAAAUUCCACAAAAGGGUAAAGAAAAUAAAAAUACAAAACAAAAUAAAGUAGAAUCUAUAACAACUAAAAAAAAGAAGGAAACUUUAGGUCAGUCUAGAUCUGUCAAAGGAAAUGCUUUUAAUAAGAAACAAACUGGUGGCACUAAAGAAAAUUCAGAAUUGACGAGGAAACAAUCUAGGAGAUCAAAGAAUUUUAACAGAAACUGCUCUGGAUGUGAUAAUGUCACAAAUAACACAAAGCAUUCAAAAAGUUACUCUAAAAAUAGUAUAACAAAACAAGGUAAUUUAAUAGCAAAAGGAAAUAGAAAAUCUACAAGGACAAAACCUAUUCUAAAUAGCUCCCUCAAUACUAGUGAUAUUUUAAACAUUACAAGUAAGAAUUGGUCCAAACAACAAAAUGCAAAUGGUCAGUCUACAAAGGAAAAUAUUUCUCAACUUUCUGACAGUUUUAACAUUACACAGCUAAGUUUAAGGCCACGGAAACUAAUCAAAUCUACAAGGACAAAACCUAUUCUCAAUAGCUCCCUCAAUACUAGUGAUAGUUUAAACAUUUCAAGUAGGAUGUGGUCCAAACAACAAAAUGCAAAUGUUUAUUCUUCAGAGGAAAAUAUUUCUCAACUUUCUGGCAAUUUUAACAUUACACAGCAAAGUUUAAGGCCACGGAAACUAACCAAAACUAAAAAAAUCUGAACCGAAUCGAACUAACCAAGAUUUAAAAAAUCCUGAUGAAACCUUAAGUUGUUUACAUUGAAGUUCGAAGUAUUUCUUAUCUUUAAAAUCUAGUUUUUAAAAAUUGAACUUAUGCCAGGGGUUGCUAGAAAUAAUGCCUAUAUUCAAUUAGGUCUAAUGCUUCCUGAUUAUUUAUAAUUUUGGUUAUGAUUAUUUUAAUGUAAUUAAAAAGAUCAAUUUCCAGUUCAUUGUCAGUUCCAAAACUUAUAUAAAUACAUUUAUUUAGUGUAAGUAAAUAAUAAGCUAUACUUUUAUAGAACUUAAAUUUUUUCUAUAUAUUUUACUUAAAUUUUAUGGACAUUUAGCUAUUAUUUUAAGACAUAUUAAUGUUGAUAUGUGAAUUUGUAGCACUUAUACCUUAUGAUAAUAUAUGAGUUAAUUAUU